UCCUUGCAUGAACUAAUACUCCGCCCCUUAACAAUAAAAGCCCCUUUACACUGAUUUAGAGCGCCAUUGCUGUUGCAGCGUUAUACGCACAAUGAGGAGCUUCACCUUAAUAUCAGCUUUACUUCUCUGCAGCCUCAGCUGGAUCUCUGUCUCAGCUUCUGAGUCUCACACUGUGGAGGUCCAGUCUGGUGGAGACGUCACUCUGAUGUGCUCCAACAUUUCCAGCGUUCCAACUACAACAGAAUGGUUCAGAGUGAUCAACAGAACAAAGCCCAGCUGCAUCUCCUCUAUGUACGGGUCUGAUGGCAAACCUUCGUUCUGUGAUGGAUUUCAAAAUGGAUUUGAGAUGAGCUCCAACAUCUCUACGGUCUUUCUUAAAAUCAAGAGAGUGGAUUUAUCUGACUCUGGACUGUAUUUCUGUGGAUUUUACAUAGAAGGACAUACAGUCAUCGCUGGUGCAACAUAUUUAAAAGUUCAAGGUAACAGUGAAUCUGAUUUUGGAGUGGAUUUAAAUACUGAAAAGGAGUCUGAUGGAAUGACAAACGUGAUGAUUGUGAUCCUUGGUUCUCUGACUGUUCUGACUGUUCUCACUAUAGUGGUCAUUGUUCUGACUGUUAAAAUCAGGAAACUUCAGACAGCUGUGAUUGAAGAACCGCAGCCAGAAAGAAACAAGGAUCUGGGCUCAGAUGAACUGAACUACGCAGCUCUAAAUUUCCAGGUGAAACCCAAAAGAAGCCGCAGGCCUGCAUCAGAGAGAGAGAUGGAGACACAUGUUGUGUAUGCUGCCACCAGAUAGACUCAGGAAACAUCUGGAACUGCAGCUCAGAGUGGAACCAAUGCUUCAUUAUGUUAAUCUGCUGAUGUGUUUUUAUAUGUGGGAGGAGUCUACUGCCAAAAAAUAAAUUUGGGGAAUUUA